UGCUGACGCCGAUUCCAGUUCAGCGAAAGAUGACGCCGUCCGGACUGUGCAGCGGCUGCUGGUGCGAGGAGACCAGGCUCUGGAGAGCCGAGCCCGCCGGGCGCUGACCGCUGGCGGCCAUGGAGGACGAGCAGCCCGACAGCUUGGAGGGCUGGGUGCCGGUCCGCGAGGACCUCUUCGCCGAGCCCGAGCGGCACCAGCUGCGCUUCCUGGUGGCCUGGAAUGAUGUGGAGGGCAAGUUCGCCGUGACUUGUCACGACCGCACGGCGCAGCGGCGGCGGCGGCGCGAGGGCAGCCAGCCGGGGCCCGAACCCAAGCCCGAGCCCGAGGCCGCCGCUCCCCCGCCCAGUUGGGCGGGCCUGCUCUCGGCUGCCGGGCUCCGCGGCGCGCACCGGCAGCUGGCAGCGCUGUGGCCGCCGCUCGAGCGCUGCUUCCCGCGGUUGCCGCCGGAGCUAGACGCGGGCGGCGGCGGGGCCUGGGGCCUGGGGCUCGGGCUGUGGACGCUGGUGUGGCCGGCGCCCGCAGGCCCGGGCGAGGCGGCGCUGCAGGAGCUGUGCGGGCAGCUGGAACGCUACCUCGGCCAGGCGGCCGACGGCUGCGGCGGCGCGGCGGUGCGCGACGCGCUCUUCCCGGGCCAACGCUGCGCGGCGGACUGCGAGAGCACGCGAGAAUUCCGGGAGCGAGCCCUGCGCGCGCGGCGCGAUGGGGCGAGCGCGCGGCUGCGCCAGUUGCUUCAAGGGCAUGAAAAAGCCAACACCAUGGUAGCAUUAAUGAAAGUGUAUCGAGAGGAAGAUGAAGCGUACCAGGAACUAGUCACUGCGACAACUAUGUUCUUCCAGUAUUUACUGCAGCCAUUCAGGGACAUGCGAGAACUUGCAACUUCAUGUAAGCUUGCUAUUUUGAAGUCCUUGGAUGAGGAUGAUCUGGGUCCUAAAAGGAUAGUUGCCCUGCAGAAGGAAGCCCAAGAAUGGACCAGACGGGCUGAAGAAGCUAUAGUCUCUAUUCAAGAUAUUACAGUGAAUUAUUUUGAAAAAACGGUAGAAGCAUUAGCAGGAAUGAAGAAACAGAUGGCACAGGAUGAGAAGAGAUUUGGCCAGGCUGCCUGGGCCACAGCAACUCCCAGGUUGGAAAAACUCAAGCUGAUGUUAGCCCGGGAGACUCUACAACUCAUGAGAGCCAAAGAGCUGUGUUUAAAUCACAGAAGAGCUGAAAUUCAGGGCAAGAUGGAAGAUCUUCCAGAACAAGAAAAAAAAAUAAACAUUGUAGAUGACUUAGAAAUACAAUAUUAUGAAGUUCAAUUAGAAUUAUACGAGGUUAAAUUUGAGAUAUUAAAAUAUGAAGAAAUACUGCUUGUUACUCAGUUGGACUCCAUUAAAAGACUUAUAAAAGAUAAACAGGAUGAAGUGAUCUACUACGACCCGUGUGAAAGUCCAGAGGAACUUACGGUUGUGGAUGGUGUAAUGGGGCUACAGGAAGGGAAGCAGCUGGAGGUGGGGGUGCUCAGCCGGCAGUGCCAGCAGCUGGAGUCAAAGCGGGGCAGCAUCUGUGCCAGGAGAGCCCGUCUCAGGAACAGAAAGGAUCAAUGCAAAGAAAAUCAUCGACUCAGACUUCAACAGGCUGAAGAAAGAAUAAAAUAUUCUCAUCAGCACCACAGUGUUCAGAGGAAAAGAGACAAGAAAAAAGAGGAGGAACAAAAGAAAAGAGAAUGGAUAAACCAAGAACGCCAAAAAACCCUCCAACGAUUAAGAGCAUUUAAAGAGAGAUGUCCAGGCCGGCCUAUCCUAAAGAGCUCUCGCUCACAACCUGUGACUUCAGACCUGCUGAAUGGACUACCCAAGCAGAUACCCCCGCUGACUUCUCAGAUGACAGCCGUGAUCCAUCCAUCCUCUAGGAAAACCAGAAGUGCUCCCUUGUCUGAAGUCAGUACUGUGAAAACCCCUGAGUGUGAAGACUGUGCUGGAGACAGCCCUGUCCCGACUUUGGUUCCAACCGUGACCAAACACAUUCCACGUCUAGUGAGGAACUGCCACUGCCACCACCGCCUCCGCCUCCCGCCACCUCCUCCCCCACCACCGCCGCUGCCCCUCCCUGCUCAGCCCUUUUCUUCUCAACCUGCAAAUCAUCGGAAUUUACGCUUCGGGACUUCAGUGAAAGAUGAUCAGCCACUUCCACUAGUGUGUGAAUCACCCACUGAGAGCCCACAUGGUCCUGCAGACAGUUUUAGUGGCCCAGGGUCGAUGGAUGAAGUGCUGGCCUCCCUAAGGCAUGGCAGGGCCCCUCCCCAGAAGGUGCAGGCGCCCGCUUUGCCCCCUCCCCGAGCCUCAGUCAACGAGCACAUUCUGGCUGCCAUAAGGCAGGGGGUCAAACUGAAGAAGGUCCACCCUGCCCCUGGCCCGAGCCCCAGCAGUAAACCUACCAGUGACCUGGAGAAGAGCAUCAAGGCAGCGCUGCAGAGAAUCAAGAGGGUGUCUGCUGACUCGGAGGAAGAGGAGGAGGAAGGCGAUGAGCAGGGCCCCCGAGAGUGGGAUCAUUAGGCUCCUCUGUAAGGGCCCAAGGCCUGUUCUGAUGCAGCAUGUGAUGGGGUACUGGUAGAGAGGCUGCACAACACCCCGGAAGAUCAGCUAGGGCAUGGUGUGUGACGCUGCAGCUUUAUUUAACACUGCGGCUCUUCAAGUCAGGGGAGGAAGGAGACACAUGGUGCCUCUUGCACAUCUGAGCAAGAGGUGAGCACUGGUGGCAUGAGAAACUAAUCACUGUUCACCAUGGAUAACCUAGAAUCAUUCCCUUAUUCUGAAAAAAGUUUACGCUGCUACUGUAGAAAGCACUGCUGACCGAGCGUGUGCAGUGGUUUGCUGGGAUUGAAAGGUUUGAAUGUGGACAUUAUUUUAACAAUAAUCAGAGUAAAUUGCUUAUAAGCAAGACUUAUUUUAAAUAUUUUAAAUGAAAUGUGUUUCAUGUA